AUGAAAAAUAUUUUUGUUAAUUAAUGGCAACCCCGCUGGAGGCCUUUUGAUUCCGGUGUUGGCCGAGAUGGGUAUCACUCGUAACAAUUUGCAUAAACGUCGAAAGACUGGGGGGAAACGCCCUGUCACCAGAAAGAAGAGGAAGUAUGAGUUGGGACGGCCUGCAUCUAACACCAAGCUGGGUGCAAAGCGCAUUCCACACGGUGCGCACACGCGGUGGCAACGUGAAAUAUCGGGCCUUGCGCCUGGACCACGGCAACUUUGCCUGGGGCUCCGAAUCAUGCACCCGCAAGACCCGCAUCAUUGACUGUGUCUACAACUGCACAAACAAUGAGCUGGUGCGCACCAAGACCCUGGUGAAGGGCACCAUCAUCAUGGUGGAUGCGGGACCCUUCCGUCAGUGGUACGAGUCACACUACGCACUUCCUCUCGGCCGGAAAAAGGGCCAGAAGUUGACUCCUGAGGAGGAUGCUGUCCUGAACGCCAAGCGGUCGGCGAAGACUGAGAAGAAGUACCAGGAGCGGCAGAAGGCUGGCAAGGUAGACCCGUCGCUGGAGGAGCAGUUCCACACGGGCCGCCUGUACGCCCGCAUCGCCAGCCGGCCCGGACAGUGCGGCCGCUGCGACGGUUACAUCCUGGAGGGACGGGAGCUCGAGUUCUACUCCAAGAAAGUGCGGGCCCGAAAGUAGAACCUGUCAGCGACAACGGAAAAAAUAUACCUGGAAAUGGGCGAUUCA